AGUUUCAUCAUCAACAAUUACUAUGAAGUCUGUGUUCAUUGUUUGCCUACUGGCCAUAGUGGUCCUCGCCGCAGAGGCAAAUCUCGGCAAGAGAAUCUUCAAACGCCAGCAAGAGCCAUAUAGAAUAGCCAGAUGCGAGUUCCAGGAAUACAUGGGUUGUAAGAAAAGGCUUAGUGAUGAAUUCUACGAGCACAUGCAGCAUGGAAUGAGAUAUAGAUGGGCUGACAUCUGUCCCUAUGCAGUUGAUGCUCGUGAAGUGCUGAGGAAUGAAUCUAUCCGUCAUGAAUGUGAUACUGAGGAAAUCAUGGUUUACUUCGAUGAACAUGUAUCUGCAAUUUGUGACCAUGUCAUCCCAGAUAAAGUUUGGUAUGAAAUGGAUUGUGAUGUAACAGGAGACUUUGACUACAGACCUGCUGAAUUUGACGAUGCACCCGAGAAGAUCUGUGAUGACCCAGAGACCAUAAAAAAUAUUGGAUGCAGAGUACUGAAGGAGGCAAAGGACAGAGGAUGUAGUAAAGACAGCUUCCCACACAUUGGAAUGGGACUGGCGAUAUUCAAUCAGGUGUACUGCCAAAGAGGAAACCUAGAACCCGUUGAUUUGAAGGAAGUGUGCCAGCAAAGUGGUGGCGCCAGUGAUGGCUCUGGUGAUGGCUCUGGUAACGGUAUCUAAGGCAAAGAUGAGCUCAAUAUAGAAUCAGAAUAUAUCUGAUAAAGUAAUUUAUGAAUGUACUUGACUAAUAGUUUACAUGAAAUAAAUUACUGCUAAAAGCA